UUUCCUCAUGUUUUGCAUGAUCUGUUCUGUACUUUAGCAAAAUGCUCUGUUAGCUUCCAAGUUAUUAGGGCUUUUUUUCUUUUAAUUUUUCUCCUCUUGCAUUUUACUGGAUUUUGUUUGGAGAUUUGAGGAAAUGUUGGAGUUUUGGAGUUAGGGUUUCUGUUAAUUCUUGUGAACUUAAGCUUGAUUUCGCAUUUGGAAAUUAGUGAACCAACAUCUUCUCGUUUUCGUUUUUGUUAAUCUUUGUUUGCAUUUCUAGCAGUGGUUUGGUUAAAUCCAGUUUACGAACUAAAUAUAUUUCGAAAUCAGCAUUAGUGUUAGAUCCUACCUUCUGUUGUUUCCGAAUUCUACCGGAGUACUAAAAAUUAUGGCUGAAGAUUCAAGAUCACGUAGAUUUUCUUGGCGUAUUUGCAGUUUUGAUUUCCUGGUAUUGUUGAGAAUUUCUGUUCUAGCAAAAGGGCGAAACGGAGAUCAGGAAAGAUGUCGGGAUCUGAGACUGGUGUGAUGACGAGUAGAGAACCCUUCAGCGUCGGCGUUCAGAAUAGCUCCUUACAGUCGCAGCCGGCGGCCCAAAGCAUGCGAUUAACCUUCAGCACCGAUGGCACAGCCGUGUACAAUCCCGUUAUUACUCCUUCAACCUCACCGUCCUACCAAUCCUCCCUCGCCGGAGUUUCUGGUAAUGCCGGAAUUGAGGGAUCGGCCGGUGGGGGGUCUAUGUUGCCUCAUGGUUUCAACAUAAAUGCGGUGGGAAGCGAGCAAAUAAAGAGGAAGAGAGGCAGGCCGAGGAAGUAUGGACCCGAUGGCUCCAUGGCAUUAGCUUUGAGUUCUGGGCCGCCUUCAGGAAGUGGAGGUUUUUCUCCUUCAACCAUGGGCGCUCAUGCUUCUGAAGGAGGAUUGGCCUCCCCAAAUUCAUUGAAGAAAAUUAAAGGCAGGCCACUUGGUUCAAGGAAAAAACAACAAUUGGAAGCUUUGGGAUCAGCUGGUAUUGGAUUCACUCCGCAUGUUAUCGAUGUGAAAGCUGGAGAGGAUGUAUCGUCAAAAAUAAUGUCCUUUUCUCAGAAUGGCCCUAGGGCUGUUUGUAUCCUCUCUGCAAAUGGAGCAAUAUCAAAUGUGACUUUACGUCAACCUGCUACAUCUGGUGGAGCCGUUACUUAUGAGGGGCGAUUCGAAAUUUUGUCACUUUCAGGUUCGUUUCUGCUGUCUGAAAAUUGUGGUCAGAGGAGCAGAACUGGUGGUUUGAGCGUGUCUUUGUCUGGCCCAGAUGGCCGAGUUUUAGGUGGUGGUGUGGCGGGUCUUCUCACGGCUGCAUCUCCUGUUCAGGUGGUCGUGGGAAGUUUCAUUGUCGAUAGCAGCAAGGAUUUAAAGUCAGCGCGCCAAACCGAACCCAUCUCUGCCUUGCCAAUGCUAAACCCAGUCGGCAUUGGUCACUUGACAGGAGGAGGAGUGAGUAGUCCAUCACACGGGACGCUGAGUGAAUCUUCCGGUGGCCCCAGCAGCCCCCUCAACAACAGCCCCGGAACCUGCAACAACAGCAACCAUCCAGGCAUGUCUGGCAUGCCAUGGAAGUAAGUAAAAUCCCAACACGUCGAGUUGAGCUGAUAAUCUAAUUUCCAUGGCGGGGAUGGGGACGGGGUGUCGAAAGUGUAUUUCUAAUCUCUUUUGGGCUGUCAAGGGGAGCUUUUGUAAUAUGUAAUUUUUUUAAUUUUUUUUUAAUUUUUUGUGUUGAAAAAUUUUCAGUUUUAGCAUGAUAUUAGCAAAGUCCAAGUAGGGAGAGGUACAAUUUCUAAUGUUUUGUCCAAAGGGGUUGUCUGAUGGUAUUAUUGAGUUAUGAGGUUAGAAAAAGAAGAAGAGUUGGUUUUAGUUAGGCUUUUAGUUCUGUAACGACAUUGUCAACCUUAAUCAAUUGCUUCCCUGUUUUAUACGA